CAAUGGUGAAUCGAUUUAUCUAGGGUUUCGAGUACGAUGUUAGUGUCUCUGAUCAUGUACGGGACAAGCAGGUGGCGUUGGAUGUGGAUCGUUGGAAACAGUGAGUAGAAGCUCAACGAUGCAGAGAAAAAUUGUGUAUUGAAGGUGGAAGCAACGGUGGGCUUCUUAUUGGGGCUUGCAUUAAUCAGGUAUAGCGGUGUUGAUUCAUUUUCUUGGUGGCAUUUUUUGGGUUUAUUCAUUUGUCAUAAUACAUCGUGUCUAUAAACUAAAUUGUAAAAAUUUGUGGUUACAGAGACCUAAUCUUUUUGGUUGUGCUCUUGCUCAUGUUGGUGUUAUGGAUAUGCUUAGAUUUCACAAAUUCACUAUAGGUCAUAGAUGGACAUGUGACUUUGGCUGCUCAGAGGAGGAAGAGUUCCAUUGGCUUAUCAGGUGCUCGCCACUGCAUAAUGUUAGCAGACCAUGGGAACAAUCCUCUGAUCAGUUUUCUCAGUACCCAGCUACCAUGUUAUUGACAGCUGAUCAUGAUGAUCGGGUUGUGCCAUUACACUCAUUAAAGUUAUUAGCGGUAAUUAAGAACCAAUCUGACCUCAUUGAUAAAAGACGAGUGUUUUACUCAGACAUAAGAGAUGACAAUCCAUUGAAUUCCAUUGUGUCAAAAGUGAAAAUUGUGCAACUUGCGGCAAAAGCUGACUUGGCUGAAAAAGAGAAUACUUUUGUCUUCAGACUUGUAUUAUGAUAUGGCAUAUUCAUUGCCACACUUUU